GCGCUGCGGCAGAACGCGAUAUAUCUGGGCGGAUCAGGACGGGCCGGCACAGUGUGUCUCCCGCGCCGCGCCACCAUGAAGCACCUGCUCGCCCUCGCCGCCCUGCUCGCCGCCUGCGCCGUGGUGGCUCAUUGCGCGCCGCUCAGCGACGAGGCCAAGCCCAAGCAGAACACCAAGACCACCACCCUAAAGAUCGAUCCAAAUGACGACGCUCACAAAAUCCUAAAGAAGGCUGAAGAAGCAGACAAGGCCGAAGCUACACAGAAGUUACAAAAGCAAGCGCAGCAGGAGGUGGCAAAGCCAAAGGAGAAUGCCAAGACCACCACCCUGAAGAUCGAUCCAAAUGACGACGCUCACAAAAUCCUAAAGAAGGCUCAAGAAGCAGACAAGGCUGAAGCUGCACAGAAGUUACAAAAGCAAGCGCAGCAGGAGGUGUCGAAGCCAAAGGAGAAUGCCAAGACCACCACCCUGAAGAUCGAUCCAAAUGACGACGCUCACAAAAUCCUAAAGAAGGCUGAAGAAGAAGACAAGGCUGAAGAUGCACAGAAGUUACAAAAGCAAGCGCAACAGGAGGUGCCAAAACCCAAGAAGAGUGCCAAGUACAACGUUCUCAAGAUCGAUCCAAAUGACGACGCUCACAAAAUCCUAAAGAAGGCUGAAGAAGCAGACAAGGCUGAAGCUGAACAGAAGUUACAAAAGCAAGCGCAGCAGGAGGUAGCAAAGCCCAAGCAGAAAGCCAAAAGGAGCGUCCUCAAGAUCGAUGCAAAUGACAACGCUCACAAAAUCCUAAAGAAGGCAGAAGAAGCAGACAAGGCUGAAGCUGCACCGAUGUCAGAAAAGAAGGGGCAUAAGAAUGUUGCCAAGCCCAAGCAGAAAGUCAAGACCAACGCCCUCAAUAUCGAUCCAAACGACAAAGCUCACAAAAUCCUAAAGAAGGCUGAAAAUGCAGACAAGACCGAAGCUUUAAAGAAGUCACACAAGAAGGGAAACAAGGAUGUUGCCAAGCCAAAGAAGAUUGCCAAGACCACCGCCCUCAAGAUCGAUCCAAAUGACAACGCUCACAAAGCUCUAAAGAAGGCUCAAGAAGCAGAUAAGGCUGAAGCUGUAAAGAAAUCCCAAAAGAAGCAGCACAAGGAUGCUAUCAAGCCCAAGCAGAAAGCCAAGAGAAACGUCCUCAAGGUCGACCCCAAUGACAAAGCUCACAAAAUCUUAAAGAAGGCCGAAGGGGCGGAUAAGGCUGCGGCUGCAAAGAAGUCUCAAAAGAAACAGCACUAGGGCAGCAAGACCAUGGAC